ACCUUCUCACUUCCCAGAAUGCCAUUUCGUGUCUUAACAAAAAGUUGCUUCUUUUGUCCUUUUCCGUCUUUUCAACUUACCAAGCAAGCUUCCUCCAUUUUAUUUCAGCAAUAUUAAUUAACAUAUAUUUUAAAAGGAGAGAAUUUGCAUUGAAGAAGUCUGAUUCAUUUUACUUCUUGUGCGAAAUUAUACUAUCCACGAACCUUCUUUUUGGGGUAAGUGGGGAAUCUUAGUAAUGCUUUCCUUUAUAUUGUUUGAUAUAUACAUUUUUUUGUUUAUCUCAGAAAAAGAAGUUUGAAGUUGUUCAAUGUAAUGCUACUAUAAAUAAAGGUUUUUGUAUUUGUCUUGAUUUUAAACUAUUUUUUUUUUUGAGGUUAUAUAAUGUUAACUUUCUAUGGUGUUCUUUGGCUUGCUCAUCUUUGUUUCAGUAGAGAGUUGAUAGGAAUUGUUGUGUAAAUUAAAAAGAGUGGGAGCUUUCAGUUGUCAUAUCGAUUCACGCAAACGAAACAAUAAAGAAGUGACGAAACAAUAUAGAGAUGGAAGCGGUGAGGCCAUCGGCUGUUACUCCAUCAAAGAGUAAAUGGGCUCGAACUUUAUCGAAAGUUCUUCAAAGGCACGCGACGGCAGCUGGGGUUGUCCCGGAUGAUGAUGGGGUUCAUAAGGUUAAACCUAAGGGAACUGAAGAAUGGAAUGACAGUAAGACCACCAAGAGAUUAUCCCAGAAAUUUGACAGGUUACAUCAUGAAGAGCUUGAAACAAAGGUGGCCUUGGAAGCACUGAUAGCCAAAAUCUUUGCUACUGUUUCAGCCGUUAAAGCAGGUUAUGCUCAGUUGCAGCAUGCUCAAUCUCCUUAUGAUGCUGAAGGGAUUCAAGGAGCUGAUCAAUUAAUCGUUUCUGAUUUGAAGAAAUUAUCAGAACUGAAGCAAUGUUUCUUGAAGAAACAGUAUGAUUUUUCACCAGAACAAGCAAUGGCCUUAGGCGAAAUCCAAGAACUGAAAAGCCUUUCAACCACGUUUAAGAUCAUGGGAAAGAAGCUGGAAUCUCAGACGAGACUCAAGGAAUCCGAGAUCAUUUUCCUUAAAGAAAAGCUUGAUGAAUCCAAUAAGCAAAACAGGUUGCUUGAGAAGAGAUUAAACCAAAGUGGUCAGCUAUUUGUGCUCGACAAUCUACACCUCUCCACCUUAAACCCGACUCAUUUCAUUACGGUUCUCCGACAAACCAUGAAGUCGAUUCGGGGUUUCAUCCGGCUGAUGAUCGAUGAAAUGAAGUUAGCCGAUUGGGAUAUCAAUGCUGCAGCAAGUUCAAUACAGAGUGGUGUUAUGUAUUGGAAAGAAGAUGAUAAAUGUUUUGCAUUUGAGUCCUUCAUUUGCAGGGAAAUGUUCAAGGCUUUCCACCUGCCUUAUUUCUCCCUUUUUGGUAGAUCAGUACCACAAGGGAAGAAACAUCCUCAAGUGUUCUUCGAUAGGUUUAUGGAAUUGAAAUCCAUGAAAGUUAAGGAAUAUCUGGAGAUAAAACCGAAGUCAACAUUUGCCAAAUUUUGCCGCAACAAGUACUUACAAGUUGUUCAUCCCAAGAUGGAAUCAUCAUUUUUUGGCAAUUUGAACACUAGAGACAUGGUGAGCUCCUAUCAGUUACCAGACACAACAUUUUUCACCUUGUUUGCUGAAAUGGCAAGAAGGGUUUGGCUCUUGCAUUGCUUAGCCUUUGCUUUCCAGCCCGAAGCAUCAAUCUUUCAAAUAACCAAAGGCUGUAGAUUCUCAGAAGUGUAUAUGGAAAGUGUAGCAGAUGAAGCCUUCCUUUCGGCUGAUAUCGGACCUGAAUCGGAACCCCGAGUCGCAUUCACUGUCAUUCCGGGAUUCAGGGUCGGCAAAACAGUAAUACAAUGCCAAGUCUAUCUCUCACAAUCCAAAUCAAGGUAGUGAGUUAGGUUUGAAGGAAUGGCAUUGGCUGGUUGUUGUGGGGGGGAAUUGGAACAUGUGGUUAGCUGGGGAAUUUGUCCCAUAGUUUGUAUGGCCUUAAUGAUAAUGAAAGGGUCAUUUGACAGGUAAUUUGUAAUGUAAAAGACACAUUCCCCCAAUUUUGUUAAUCUUAAGGCCAAUGAUGUUUUAGCUGUUUGACAUUAUUGCCUUAGUCUGAUGCUUUUUAUAUAUAAUAUGUACAUAAUUAUAUAGGUUUGGGGAAUAUCAUCGGUAUGUAAAAGCUUUUGUGGUGCCAUGCCGCGUAUUGCCAGAAGGGUUUGUCUUAUCUUUUUGUCUCUGUAUUUUAUCAUGAUGUCUGAUUUCUUGUUCCAA